GAAAUGUAACAGGUCUUAAAAUGAUUGGCGUUGGCGUGAGGAAGCGCACCUGCAACUUCAUGGAGCUUUGGGAAGUCUAAUGGUCCGGACUGUAAGGAGAGUUAUCUUUUGUCCUCUGACACAAAACCUUAAAAUCUCCCAGACGUGUUGUAUUGUCUGUCAGGCCUCGGCCGGGAAUUUAGGCACAAAACGAUACACACAUUCGUUAUAGAUAAUAGAAAUUACUUCUUCAACCACAUGCUAUACAAACAAUACAAAUAUUUUAUGGAAUUCAAUAUCUUGGAUUAAGGUGCAGAAUUUAAAUUUACAAAGAAACUAACCGAUUUAGCAAAUAUCAUGGGUGUGUGUUGUCACACAUUGGAGAGAGAAGCCUGUCUGUCAGUGUAAAGUCAUAGUUUGAGUACAGAAUGUUUAAUUGGAGAGACGAGGGACAUGCUAAUGAGUCAGUGGCGGAUAAUUAGUUUACGUUGAUUUUAGGUUACUGUUUAAUUAAGAGAGCAUUGAUCUGGCUUUAAAAGCAGUAAUUAGGGUCUACGUUACUUACACAGAAUGCAGCCUACCACUGUCACUUCAACACAUGCAGCUAUAUAACUCGACAAUUCAUAUAAGCUAAUGUCUUCUUAAUUGGGAUAGGCCUAACGUCUUUUGUUGGUUAUCAGAAAAAGAGAAAAGGGCCUGGCAUUUGUCCGUUUUAGAAUGGGCCUAUAUAUUUGCCAUGCACUCUUUGAGGAAUAUUUAUCGUAUAUAGGUCUAAAAUUAUUUCGCAGGCCUACUUGUGUUUUGUAGGCUAAACUGGACAUAUGUUGGCUAUGACACACACACACAUACACACAACAUGUAUUCUAUAGUAUUAAUUAAUCAGAAUCCGGGUAAAUUUAACCUUUUACCAAUACAACUAAUAUUUUCAAAAUCCAAUCCAAAAUGUUCAACUUCUUUUUUUUAUAAUAAACAUGUUAUAGCCCUACUUAGUUAUUAGGCAUACACAGCACGCUCACAGGUAAAUGAGUAUCACAUUUAAAAAUGCACGGCGGCAAAACAUACAUGACAAGGAAAGGUAUCACCCUCACACGACUGUUUCACUUAAGACGUGCUAUUCCACUAGACGUUUCACAUAAAGUUAUCGAAUCAAAUUCAGCAAGUGAGGCUACUGAAACUCCAUAUUACAGUUUAUACAGAUUAAAAUUCGUUCAAAUUACAAUUCAAUAUCCAAGGUUUAUCCUUCUAAUUCAAUCACACCAAAAGAUUAUGCAAAUUUCACUAAACCGUAUCGUGUCACUGCGAUUUAGACUCCACUAAUGUCUUCCGAUAACUAAAACCCAUAGAAAAGAAAAGUAAUGAAAAUGUCAAUAACCAAAGUGUCUCUCUCCACGCUCUCGCAGCCAACAUGCACCGCGGGUUAGAGGGGAGAGUGACAGCUCUUUGUUGGUGAAUAGAAAUCAGUGGCAUAGAGAGAGGGAACGACUCCUCCUACCAAAUUAUCCAAACUGGGCAGGCUUUUGCUCUCUUCACAAAUAGGACACGGCUCUCCAACUCAGGCAGUCCCAAUCUGACCUUCAAGCGCACGGAACCCUAUAACGUGAGAUCGGCGCGGGACUGUCGAGAGAAAAACACCUAAUCGAAACUUCUGCAAUUUUAACCGUCCAUCACCACCAUCAUCAUCAGUGCAUAAACUGGCCACCGCCGGAUCAGCUGGACUAUACUUAUUUUUUUUUGUUACAAAACAUUCAGGGGAGAGGAAAUAAUUUCUUCCUGCCUUGAUUUCUCCCGGUCCCUCAUCUAUCCACCACUUGCAGGGGAGGUGAGCUGAGCUGAGUGUGUCUCUUGUUUGUUUGUUUGUGUGUGUGUGUGUGUGUGUGUUUGUGUGUGUGCCUGUCUAACAGUCUAACAGCAGAGCCAGUCGGAUGCUCUGAGCCAACGGGACGCAGAGCUGUAUAUGGAAGUUGUGGGCUGCAAGGCAGAAGCGAGCAGUUGCACAUUGCGUCGUUCAGGAGCGGGAGCCAUGCUGUUCCACGGGAUCUCCGGUGACCACAUCCAAGGCAUCAUGGAGGAGAUGGAGAGGAGAUCCAAAACCGACUCGCGCCUUACCAAGGGCGUGCAGCUCAACGGAAGGGAAUCGACCAUGCCUUCGAUGGGACCGGAGAAGCCCGCGUUGUGUGCUGGCUGUGGAGGCAAAAUCUCGGAUAGAUAUUACUUACUCGCUGUGGAUAAACAGUGGCACCUGCGGUGCCUCAAAUGCUGUGAAUGUAAACAACAUUUGGAGUCAGAACUCACGUGUUUUGCCAAGGAUGGCAGCAUCUACUGCAAGGAGGAUUACUACAGGUUCUCAGUGCAGAGGUGUGCGCGCUGCCACCUCGGGAUAUCGGCAUCGGAGAUGGUAAUGCGUGCACGGGACUCGGUGUACCAUCUGAGCUGCUUCACGUGCACCACGUGCAACAAGACCCUGACCACCGGCGACCACUUCGGCAUGAAGGACAGCCUGGUGUACUGCCGGGUCCACUUCGAGACCAUAGCCCAGGGAGAGUACCCACACCCCGGCCUCAACUACUCCGAGCUGGCGGCUAAAGGCGGAGGUCUGGCGUUGCCUUACUUCAAUGGCACUGGGACAGCUCAGAAGGGAAGGCCUCGCAAGAGGAAGAGCCCCGCCAUGGGCAUAGACAUCGCCAGCUACAACUCAGGUUGUAAUGAGAACGAUGGAGACCACUUGGACCGUGACCAAGCCUACCCUCCCUCCCAGAAGACCAAGCGCAUGCGCACCUCCUUCAAGCACCACCAGCUCCGCACCAUGAAGUCCUACUUUGCUAUCAACCACAACCCCGACGCCAAGGACCUCAAACAGCUUGCCCAGAAGACAGGCCUCACCAAAAGAGUUCUACAGGUAUGGUUCCAAAACGCAAGAGCCAAAUUCAGAAGGAACGUUUUGCGACAGGAGAAUGGUAAUGACAAGGCCGACGGCACGUCACUCCCGCCGCCCUCGUCCGACAGCGGCGCUCUGACGCCCCCCUCCAGUGCGGCCACACUAACAGACCUGACCAAUCCCUCUAUCACUGUAGUGACCUCCGUCACAUCUAGUUUGGACAGCCAUGAUUCGGGGAGCCCCUCACAGACUACCUUGACAAACCUUUUCUAGCAAGCUCUACAACUCUAAGCUCUUAACUCAUUUAUGUGUUUUUCCAUAAUUUGCAUUUACAUUUUUUUAAACACCUUUAAAGAAAACAGAGACAGUUCUGUGGAUACAGGAAGUACUGUACUGUACCCAACAAAAAAGCAACAAGAUCAACAAGAACAACUACAGCAACAUUUAAACAGGAGGAAAUUAUGUUGAUGUGUAGCAUUUGCAACCGCUUGGCAGCUGUUUGUAGUCAACGUAUUUAGUGAUUGGUAUUGUGUAGAGGACAUUUUGAAUCUGGACGGCAUUGAACAAUUAUGAACAGGGUUCAACAAUCUUGGACAGAGCCCAAAUGGAACUAUUUAAAAUGGGAAAAGUAUAUUAUUUUUACUUUAUUUUAUUUCAUUUGGUAAUUUGAUUAAGUCUAAAUUUAUCCAUCCCUGAUAAUUAAUGUAUUAUUUACUGAUCAAUUAAUUUAAAAUCAUUAAUAUUUUGCUCUAGAAAUGUGUAUGUUACCACUAUCCUAUUUAAGACAUAUUUAGAUAUUUUGUUUUUUCAAAAUCAAAAUACAUUCGCAGAAUACGUUGUAAAAUAUAAUUCAGAGUUAUCCUGGACCUAAAAAAACAUUGGAUUAUUUUAUGGAUUAGUAAUUCUAAUCUCUAAAUUGCACUGUAUACAUUACAAGAAUCCGGACAAUUACAACUCAAAUGCCAGGUGGCUGCUGUGACCUCAACAUGCAUUUUGUCUUGACACACCUCAACUGUGAAAAAAAUCAAUAACAACAGAACAAAUCUAUAUAUCUGUACAGUGGUAACUGUCAAAGAUGUAAUGCAGUAACAUUGAUGUUAGAAAGAAUUCCACAAUAGAAAUCAGUGAAUGAAAUUCUGGAUUGGGACACAGUUGAAUCGGCACUGUUUGAAAGGAUUGUUUCCAUGACAGUGCACUUUUUCUAAUCUGCUGGCCUAAUUUUACAUACCAACACACAAAUUGAUUUUUUAAAAUAGUUUAUCUGGAUUCAACGUGCCCAUAGAAUUACUGUUAAAUAAAAUACUGCCCAUCAUUUUGCUCAGGGUAAAGAAGGGUUGAUAAAAAAAGGGAAAGGGGAGGAGGUUAAAAAGUGAGGGAUGACAAUGUGGCAGAUUAGAGGCGUAGAGCUGACAGAAACUUUACAAUGACCUCAGAAAACUAGAGAUAGAAGACAUGCAGCCAGUGGGACAAAUAAAUCAUCCUCCAUGUUCACGUUAGGCCAUAUUUAUACUUUCUUUACGAUCACUUGCCACUGAACAGACCAAAAACAUGUUUCCUCUCAAUGAAUUAAGAGAAAGAAAGAGAAGCAGUCCUUCUGCAGGGUUCUAACAUUUUAAAUUAGUAUUUUGUUGUCUUCUGGGCCAGCUGUUUAAGGUCGUUGGCGUUGGGGUUGUGGUUGAUAGCAAAGCAGGACUACAUAGUGCGGAUUAAGAGAAAGAAAGAGAAGGAGUUCUUGCUGCUGGGUUAAAACAUUUUAUUGUAAUUGUCACUAUUUGUUCUAUUGUAGAACAAAGCGUUAUUCUCAAUCUACUUGAUGAAGUAGAUGCCUAACUCAGUUCUACUAUGUGCCUUAUGAUAUAACUUGGAAGAAAGUUUGUGAACUUCAGGAUUAUAUGUGUUGUUUGUUAACUGAUUCACAUACUUGUGACGCCUCACUAGUUUUGUACUGUUUUACAUCUUAUUUCUGAAGAUCUUUUUAUGGUGUAUCCUGUUAAAAGGGGGCAGCGAUGUCAUAGAAAGCGUUUGUGCACUCUUUCAGAUAUAGUUGGUUAAUCCAAGAAUCUUAUAAAUUGAUUUUCGUGUUAAUAGUUCAGUACAGUAAGUGUUCUAUCAAGAUUGUCCAUGUUUCCCUGUUUCUUGAUAAAGAUGGUGUAUAGAAACUAUUUCCCCUUAAAUAUUUAUGGACCAAACGGUUGUUAUAUAUCUUAUUAAAUUUGUGUGAAUAAAAAUACUUU